CAAAAGUCUCUGCUGCGCGGCUGUAAACACGGCGUUGAGGAGCCUGAUAAUGGGGUGCACAGCCAAACCCCUCCAGCAGCAGUAAAACCCCAACUGCAAACUGCUCGUGAGCUGGGUGGGUCAGCAACUUCAUUGCGCCAUGUCCCUCGGUGCCAGCCGCGAUGGAUUGGAAGGGGCCGAGGGCACUGGACCGAGCCGCGCGGAGCCCACCACCGCGGCCCGAGGGGGACCUCACAGAGUGGAGGUGCGGAUGGAGCACACCUUCCCUCCCUCGCCGCCGGCACCCGGCAGCGCCGACGCGCUAGAUUCCAGCAACAUUAUGGCAGACCAUAGCCACAUGCAACAGCAGCCGGACUUACAGAACAGUAGCUUAGAGGCACAUUUUUCGGCGAAUUCCCUCAAGAACCAUUCCCAAAACGUGAUGGAGAGCCUGAGUCCAAAGAAAUAUUCUUCCAGCCUGAGAUUUAAAGCAAACGGAGACUAUUCUGGCUCCUAUUUAACCCUCUCACAACCUGUACCUGCAAAGAGAAGCCCUUCUCCUUUGGGAACCGGUAUCAGAAGUAGCCCCUCCUACCAAAUCCAGGGAAGCAAGCACUUCUCUUGUGAUGGAACUGACAAAACUAUUUCCAUGAAACCUCCCACUCCUCUACGUAGCACUUCACCCUCCCUCAGUGGGUAUGGAUAUCCACUUGGGAGAGUGGACUUUGAUCAUUAUACUGGCCGGGACAGUGAAAGGUCCUUGAGGCUCUCAGAGAAGCCUCCCUAUUCCAAAUAUAGCUCAAGGAAUAAAUCCCAUGACAAUGUCUACUUUCUCGGAGGGCUGGAAGGCCGGAAGGCAUCUGGCUCGCUCCUGGCCAUGUGGAAUGGCAGUUCCCUGAGUGACACUGGCGCCUCCCCCAUCAGCAGAUCAGGGGCAGCCAGCAUGCCUUCAAGCCCAAAGCAAGCCAGGAAAAUGAGUAUCCAGGACAACCUGACACUUCAGUCCAGGGUGACCAGACACAAGGAGCCAGCAUCUGAAAGCAUCAGUUUAAGAACUAGGAAGUAUUCAGGCAGCAGCCUGAGUCACAUGGGAGCCUAUAGCCGAUCGCUUCCCAGGUUGCACAGGGCCACAGAGAACCAGCUGACGCCUUUCAGUUUGCCUCCAAGAACCUCUCUGGGUAAUUCCAAACGAAUGAAACCGGGGGAAAAGGAUCUACCUCAUAGCGUAAUAGACAAUGACAAUUACCUGAAUUUUUCUUCUUUGAGCUCAGGGGCUUUACCCUAUAAAACCUCUACAUCUGAGGGCAAUCCUUAUGUAAGUUCCACCCUCAGUGUCCCUGGAAGUCCUCGAGUGGCUCGGAAGAUGUUUCUGGCCUCCACCUCCUCCUGUACCUCUGAUGACCUUGACCGGGCCUCCUACUCGGGGACUAGCUCUGGUCAGUCAUGUCCUCCUGGAGAGCCAGACAGAGUGUUUGUGGCCAGGAGGAACUUCUCUUGCGGAUCUAUUGAGUUGGAUGAUGCAGAUUUGGACAGCCUCAGACAGGCCUCAGGAACUCCCCAGCCUGUCCUUCGGGAACGGAAAAGCAGCAUUAGUUCCAUUUCAGGACGCGAUGACCUGAUGGAUUAUCACCGGCGGCAGAGGGAGGAGAGACUCAGGGAGCAGGAGAUGGAGCGAUUGGAGAGACAGCGUCUGGAGACGAUCCUCACCCUUUGUGCUGAAUACACAAAGCCCGACAGUCGCUUGUCCCCUGGCACCACCGUGGCAGAUGUGCAGAAAAUCAAUAAGGAGCUUGAGAAGCUGCAGCUCUCUGAUGAGGAGUCUGUGUUUGAAGAAGCCCUGGUGAGCCCUGAUGUCAGAUACAGGUGCCACCUGAAAGGCUCCGUCCACGAUGCAGACUUGGCAGUCUUCGGGAGCCUCAGUCAGAGCAGUGCCAGCUUCCUUUCCCCCAGGAGCGUCAGAAAUGAGGAACUGCUCAGGGACCCCACCAGGACACCCCCACCUCCGCCCUCUGCCUUUCUGAAAGCUUCCAACGAAUCCACUUACCUAAGUAUCCUACCAAAGACCCCAGAGGGCGUAAGUGAAGAACAAAGGAUUCAGGAGUUGGCUGCCAUGGAAGAGACUCGGAUAACAAUUCUGAACAACCUUGAGGAACUUGAACAAAAAAUCAAAGAUAUAAAUGAUCAGAUAGAUGAAUCUUCCAGAGAGUUGGAUAUGGAAUGUGCUCUUUUGGAUGGAGAGCAGAAAUCUGAAACAACUGAACUUAUGAAAGAGAAGGAGAUUUUGGAUCAUCUAAACCGGAAGAUAGCAGAACUGGAAAAGAACAUUGUUGGUGAAAAGACCAAGGAGAAGGUAAAGCUUGAUGCUGAAAGGGAAAAACUAGAGAGGCUUCAGGAGCUUUACUCCGAGCAGAAGACCCAGCUGGACAAUUGUCCUGAGUCCAUGAGGGAACAGUUACAGCAACAACUGAAGAGGGAUGCUGACCUGUUGGAUGUGGAGAGCAAACACUUUGAAGACCUCGAAUUCCAGCAACUUGAACAUGAGAGCCGUCUGGAUGAGGAAAAGGAGAACCUGACCCAACAGCUCCUGCGUGAAGUGGCUGAAUAUCAACGGAAUAUUGUAACUAGAAAGGAAAAAAUUUCCGCAUUGAAAAAGCAAGCCAAUCAUAUUGUCCAGCAGGCUCAGAGAGAACAAGACCAUUUUGUGAAAGAAAAGAAUAAUUUAAUAAUGAUGCUGCAAAGAGAAAAGGAAAAUCUUUGUAAUUUGGAAAAGAAAUACUCCAGCCUCUCUGGGGGAAAAGGGUUUCCUGUCAACCCCAGUACUCUAAAAGAGGGCUAUAUCAGUGUAAAUGAAAUUAAUGAGCCAUGUGGCAAUGCCACGAACCUCUCCCCUUCCACUCAGUUCCCUGCUGCUGCUGAUGCUGUCGCCACUGGGCCUGCCACGGCUGUGCUGGCGAGCCAGCCACAAAAUAAAGAGCACUUUAGAAGUCUGGAAGAAAGGAAAAAACAGCAUAAAGAAGGCCUCUAUCAGAGUGACACUUUGCCUCGAAAGAAAACCACACCUUCCAUAUCCCCACAUUUCAGCAGUGCUACUAUGGGGAGAAGCACCGCCCCAAAGGCUCAUCUGCCCCUGGGACAGAGCAACAGCUGUGGCAGCGUGCUCCCUCACUCGCUGGCAACCAUGACCAAAGAUUCAGACUCUCGAAGGAUGCUCAGAGGGUAUAAUCACCAACAGAUGAGUGAAGGACAAAGGCAGAAAUCUUCUGAAUUUUACAACCGCACAGCAUCUGAAUCCAAUGUCUACUUAAACAGUUUCCACUACCCAGAUCACAGCUACAAGGACCAGGCCUUUGAUACUUUGAGCCUAGACAGCUCUGACAGCAUGGAGACCAGCAUCUCUGCUUGCUCACCUGACAAUAUCUCUAGUGCCAGCACUUCCAAUAUUGCCAGAAUAGAAGAAAUGGAGAGACUUUUGAAGCAGGCUCAUGCAGAGAAGACACGGCUGCUUGAAUCCAGGGAACGGGAAAUGGAAGCCAAAAAACGAGCCCUAGAAGAUGAAAAACGACGCCGAGAACUCCUGGAAAAACGAUUGCAGGAAGAAACUAGCCAGAGGCAGAAGUUAAUUGAAAAGGAAGUAAAAAUAAGGGAGAAACAAAGGGCACAGGCUCGACCUUUGACACGCUAUCUGCCUGUCCGGAAGGAAGACUUUGAUUUGCGGAGCCAUGUGGAGACUGCUGGCCACAAUAUUGAUACCUGUUAUCAUGUAUCAAUCACAGAGAAGACCUGCCGAGGAUUCCUCAUUAAAAUGGGUGGAAAAAUUAAAACUUGGAAAAAACGUUGGUUUGUUUUUGAUCGGAACAAGCGCACAUUCUCUUAUUAUGCAGACAAGCAUGAAGCUAAAUUAAAAGGAGUAAUAUACUUCCAAGCCAUUGAAGAAGUGUAUUAUGAUCACCUCAAGAAUGCUAAUAAGAGCCCUAAUCCAUUACUCACCUUUAGUGUCAAGACACAUGACAGAAUCUACUAUAUGGUGGCCCCAUCGCCGGAAGCCAUGCGGAUCUGGAUGGAUGUUAUAGUUACUGGGGCAGAAGGUUACACUCACUUCUUGUUGUAGUGAACUGCAGCAACCAUCCACUUCAGGGCAGACUGCAAUAAUCUCUUACAAGAAUGAAGCCAUAUUCAAUUGCAGAUGGAAAGACCCCACAGACUCAUCCCUUUAAUUGUGUAUACUCAGAACUCCUUUCAUAAUGAACCGGAAGUCAUUUGUACAAGAGAAAGAAGGAGUUUUAAUUUAAAGCUUGAUCAUAAAUAGCUAAAGAAUUGAAGCACCUAUGAGGAAGAAAGCACUACUUGGUAAAUAGCAUCACUUACAGCAAUAUUUCUUAUGAACUAUUUUUAUCAAUUGUUUAUUUGGUGAAAUAAAAUAAACAGUUUACAGUA